AUGUCCGCAGGGGCAGGGGAAUCUCUCCGAAUGACAGUCCUUCAGACAUCAGCUGCGCUGAUCCCCAGGGGAGAUAAAGGCCGUGAGAGCCAGAUGAGAGCAGCCCAGAGCUCCUUGGAGGCUGGGCUGGAGACCGCUCGGGGUCAUCAGUGGCUGGAACCAAAAUUUGCUGGAAAUCAUAUUGUUCAAACACAGUUGAUGAAUGACUUGUUGGUAGGCAUUAGAGCUUCAACGAUGUUAAUAAAGAAAGCACAGACUUUCCAUGGGAAUCUCUGGAAGGCUUCCAGUUCUCCCAUAUGGCAAAGUAUGUGUGACUUGCUGAAUAUUUUCACCAAGUUCUUAAGUGAUGAUGACCUAUUACAGACUAUUCAGAGUACAUCGGGAUUAGCUGUUAUUCUUUUUAUUAAGACAAUGUUUCAUCUAUCUGAAAAGACUCCUGAAUUGAUUAGCAGUUUGCUUCUCCAUUCAGUAGACUGUACCAGCAUCCCUGAGUGUUUCAUGAACAGCUGCAGGAGCCUCUGUUGUGCUGAAAUCUCUGUGUCAGCUCUCUUAUUCCUGUAUCAGGGGACACUUGCCAUGUUGGACUGGCAGGAUGGGAGCAUGGGCCUGAGUGGAGAGGCCCUGCCCUUGGACACUGUGCAUGUUUUGUUCACCUUGAGUUCACAGAUAAAGGAAUCAACACUGGAAAUGUUUCUAUCUAGAAACUUUGCAUCUUGGACAAAUUCAGCCAUAUAUAUCCUUGAAUCAAGUUCCCCAAGCCUGAAAGGACCGUCUGAAUGGGAAUUCAAGCAUAGUUGGGAGACUUUUGGAAUAUGUCUAUACACACUGGGAACAUCUUUUGGAUGCUCUAAGACACCAAACAAAAUCAUAUUCAGAAAUCUUCUCCAAAUACACCAACUAACUUUGGAAGGGGCAGACUCAGUCCCUGAUCCUUUCUUUUUGGAAUUGACUAAGAGUGUUCUGCUAUUGGAAUGGCAUAUUAAAGGAAAGUACAUAUGCCUGGGGUGUUUGGUAGAGUGCAUAGGAAUUAAACAUAUUUUGGCAAUAGACAAAACUAUUCCAUCUCAAAUCUUAGAGGUCAUGGGGGACCAAUCACUGGUACCUUAUGCAAGUGACCUCUUGGAAACAAUGUUUAAAAAUCAUAGAAGUCCUAUGAAAUCCCAUACUGUUGACAGCACUUGGAUUGGCCAGUGGCAUGAGACUUGAGUUUCUCCUCUCCUUUCUAUAUUAUGUGAAGGAAGCCUAGAUCAAAAAUCUUAUGUGAUUGAUUAUUAUUUGCCAAAAUUAUUGAAUUACAGCCCUGAAAGCUUAAAGUACAUGGUAAAGAUUCUUCAGACUUCUAUUGAUGCCA